AUGGAUAUUCAGCUCAUUGGGAACGCGUACGGAGCAGCCGAGUACACGGCCGCAUACGUAAGCAAGGCCGAGCCUGAUACUCUCAAGUUUAAGAAAUUUAUUGGCGCAGCCGUGAAGCGUUGUGAUCCGAAUUUGCUUAAUUACGCUAUUAUGAAGCGCGUUGCGAACGCAACACUGUCGAUUAGAGAAGUUAGUGCACAGGAGGCCAAAUACAUACUUCUACGAGAGUUACGUUUGUAG